GGUCGCUGCACUAAGUACAAAGCGCUUAAUAAAAAAAUAAGCUCCAAAUUUUCUAUUUAGACCACACGAUAAUAGAGAAAAAUUUGUCUUAAAAUGAAGCCAAUAGAAAUUACUCCUAUUUCCAGUUUGCUAUCAACGGAGCUCGAGAAUCCAACCAUAAGAGCCCGCGUUACAUGGAAGUCUGAGAUCACACCCUGGCAGUCUUUUAUCAGAGAAGGAAUAAUCUUCCAUAUGCAUUUGCUGGAUGAAUCAGGCCAAGUUACUGGAGUUUUAUUUGAUUGCGAGUGCGAAAAGUUUUAUCAUCAGAUUCAAGUAGGAAACGUAUACGUUUUCUCUAAUUUUGUUCAGGAAGACGAAGUGAGGUUCAGAGUUCUGGAUCACACCCGUCAAAUUGGAUUCGGUUUUAAUACAGUUGUUCAACCAAAUGUCGAUGUUCCAGAAAUUUCCAAAAUCAAGUAUGAAUUCGUGCCGCUUUCGAAGAUUUCUACAAAGCCGGAUGGGGAUCCAGUCGACGCAAUUGGAAUCUGCACUGAGGUGCGUGGUGUAGAAAACCGAGGAGGUAAUAUAAUUCGAGAACUUUUGCUUGUGGACGCCGACUACCAGAAAAUCAUGUUAAAUCUGUGGGAAAAGACCGCCGAAAAAUUCGAGGGCGCUGUUGGGGAUGUGAUCGUUGUCAAAGGAGCACGUGUCCAGGAACACAACAACGAAAAAAAAAUGAACGCCAGCUGGUACACCAUGGUGCAGAUCAAUCCUGAAAUUCCAGAGGCCAUUCAAAUGCGAGAAUGGUACGGAAUUAAACAAGAAAUUUUUUAAUAUUGUUAGCAUGUAUAGUAUAUAAUAACCCAGACACUGGUUUGAUAAACAGCUACUUACAUACUUGUGCAAUAAAUAAAUUGAAAAUUUAUAGAA